CUUGCGAUCAACAUUCACAUGAAGCUUGUGGCAUUCGAUACACACGAACCAUCACCAUCCAUCCAAUGUCCAUGUCUCCAUCCAUCCGGCCACCGCAUGAUGGACGAAUGUUAUGUUGUCAGCUAGUCCAUGUGUGCUGCACACACGCACGCGCACACGCACACUGACUCACCUGACUGACGCCCUCCGCCUCUUGCGCGCCUCUCUGUCUCUGUUUCUGUUUCUGCUGGUGGUGCUGCUGCUGGUGGUGGCGUGAGCACGGGGGGCGGGUGUGUGUGUCUGGUGGUGUGUGUGGUUGGGCGGGCGCGACGCGGCGGCGUGGCUGCUCGACUGGCUGAGGGCACUGACGAAGGAAUCCAAAUGGUCCCGCUCGUCAGGCGGGAGGACGUCGCUGUAGUGGUGCAGGAGGUGGGAUGACAGCGCGAGCAGGUCAUGGACGGCACUGGCCGACACGGCGCCCAUCUGACGCAUGGCCGUCUCCCGCCUCCUGAUCUCCACCAUGAACUGUUGGGUUUGCUGGCGGCGGGACUGGAUGUGGCUCGGGUCGUGCAUGGCGUGUGGCUUUGGCUGUGGCUGCAAUUCCCCCUCUCCCUCCCCUUCCUCCCCACAGCUGUUGAUGCUGUCAGCGGUGCGGCGCCUCUUGUAGUAGGUGCGUGCUGCGUUGACGAGCCAGUCGGGUGUGUCGGACACGUACAUCUCACUCAGACGGCAGGCGACCACCCACAGCCCCCUGCACAAACACAGAGACACAGACGGGGAGAGGGGAGCAGUGAGUGGAUGGCGUUGCACGUGUACGUCUGUGCGUGUGUUGUGUGUGUGUGUGCGUGGGUGGUUGCGUACAGUUGUGCCGCACACGAUGCGAUUUCUUCCUUCUUGGGUGGCCACGUCACCUUCGUACACUCUGCACACAUACACACACACAGAAACAACGACCCACCCCUGUGUCUCUGUGGUGUAUAUGAAAUACCAGGCGCCAGCAGCGAUCUGUUUGCUAUGAACUUGAGCACGCCGAGCUCCGCUCGCCCCAACUCCAACGUCGAGCCAGCUUGGUACGCCGGCAUCUGAUUGACACACACAUCCCACCAUGACCACACACACUCUCGUGUGAGCCCUUCCCCCGUCUCCACGAGUGUGGGAGUGUGUGUUUAGGUAACCUCGCCCUCGGUGUCUUGCUCGAAGAGUUUGGCGAUGGCUGUCUGCACUUGAUCCUCGGGCAACGACGACAAGAACUCCUGCAGCGUCAUCCUGUUGUGCUGCUGCUGGUGGUUGCUGCGGCCGGCGACACUCUUGGGCGGGCGGCCGCGUUUCUUUGGCUGGGCGUGGCUCGUGUUGGUGUUGCUGUCCUUGUCAUCGUCGCUACUGUCGAGCUCCGAACCAAGCUCCUGCAAGCAUGAUCCACGGAUGGGGAGACAGACAAACAGACAAACAAACAGACAGACAGACAGACAGAUAGAGAAACAGACAGAGAGAAACAAUGAAUCAAUCGCCUCGGGAGGAGCGUCAUUCUGUGCUGCUGCCGCUGCUGCCGCUGGUCCUGUCUCACCUGGACGUGGGCAGCGUUCAGCAGCAGCAGCUUAAAGCCUCUGUCGAUCACAUCCCAAACGUCGUCGCCUCUUCUUCUCAUUGCCACGAUGCAUCCAAGCAAAUAAGUCGAUCUGCUUCGGUCGAUGUUCACUCAAUACAUGUACUGUAUGUACACAAUGACAUUGGCGAGUGUGCAUGGGCAUCACUGCAUCACAUGCACGCAGUACACCAGGGCAGUGCAGUCCUCCGAUGUCCGCUCAGCUGAAGGAGAAUACCACACAUUGCAAGGCAGGUAGAUACUCCACUGGUGUCCUGUGCAGCCUUUCUUCUCAUGCAGUCGGU